AUGGCCGACCCCACCUCUACCGAUACGCCCGUCUUGUCGGCAGUGCCAUCGGCUGUCGCCUCCAACGCUGCCACUCCGCAGUCCCUGCCUCCCAUGGACAACGAGGAGCGCGAGAAGUCAAUCAAGGUCUCCCUGGCCGACCUGACAGCCAAGGCCACAGCCCUGUACGCCCAGAAGAAUUAUGAGGAGGCCGCCGAGGUCUAUGCCCAGGCUGCUGAGAUGCAGGCCGAGUUCAACGGCGAGAUGAGCCCCGAGAACGCCGACAUCCUGUACCUCUACGGCCGCACCCUGUUCAAGGUCGGCCAGAGCAAGAGCGACGUGCUCGGCGGCCAAGCCGGCGCCGAGAAGAAGAAGCCCAAGGCAAACGGCGCCGCCAAACCCCAGAAGGGGGCCGCCGAGUCCAGCGCCGCCCCAGCCGCUUCCGAGCAGGACAAGUCGCAGGCAGAGGAGAUCGCCGAGGAGAAGGUUGCCCUUGUUGCCAAGAAUGCCAGCGGAAGCGGUCUGCAGGAAGGCGACGAGGUGCCCGAGGCCAAGAAGCCCCUCUUCCAGUUCACGGGCGACGAGAACUUUGAGGACUCGGACGACGAAGAGGCCGGCGAGGGCGAGGGUGAGGGCGAGGAGGAAGAGGAAGACGACGACCUUGCCGUCGCGUUCGAAGUGCUCGACCUCUCCCGCGUUCUUUUCGAGAAGGCGUUGGAGCAGCAAGAGGCGCAGAACGCCGAAGGCAAGGGCAAGGAGACGGUACAAGCAGAUUCGCCUGCCGUCAGACAUAUCAAAGACCGCCUGGCCGAUACCCACGAUCUCCUUGCCGAGAUCUCGCUUGAGAAUGAGAAGUACCCCCUUGCCAUUCACGAUGCCCGAGCCUCCCUGCAAUACAAGCUGGCACUGUACCCAGAAGAGUCUGAGAUCAGAGCCGAGGCGCACUUCAAGCUGUCGCUGGCUCUCGAGUUUGCCUCGGUCACAACAAGCGACGAGGAGAGACAGGCAGAAGGCGCCAAGACGGUCGACCAGGGACUGCGUGAUGAGGCCGCCGUCGAGCUCGAGAAGGCCAUCACCAGCACCAAGCUCAAGCUCCAGAACGAGGAGGUCACUCUGGCCACGCUUCACGCCCCUGAGGAGAAUGACGUCUCGCGCAAGAAGAUUGCCGAGGUCAAGGAGAUCAUUGCAGAUAUGGAGCAGCGGUUGAUCGAGCUCAAGAAGCCGCCGGUGGAUGUGGAGGGCGUGCUCGGGGCGGAGAACCCGAUGACGGGCAUCCUAGGUGCAGCCCUGGGCGAGUCGCCGGCACAGGCCCAGGCGCGCAUCGAGGAGGCCAAGAAGGGCGCCACCGAUCUUUCUGGCUUCGUGCGCAAGAAGGAGAAGAAGGCCGAGCCAUCGCCAGGUCCCGAGACGAAUGGCAAGCGCAAGGCCGAGGACGCCGUCGAGGGCGAGGAUCCUAAGAAAGCCAAGACCGAGGAAGCGGCCCCGGCAACUGAGGCGUAG